AUGAUCGUAUACGAAAUAUGUAACGGGAUUAAGAUCGGGUUGGGAGGCACCUACACCGAUCAAGUAGAUGUCGUCCUUCGAGCUUUGGUGUAUGAUAAGGCGGAUAGCGUUCCACUCGAGGAUAACCAUUGCAGCGUGGAGUUCGGGGAAAUUGCUCAUCUUCAUCUGCGUCAACCUUCUAGCGCUCUGAUCGCCUUCGCCACAAAGAUCACUUCCCCAUCGUCGCCCCACUGGAGAAGACCUCUGCGUUGCAGAAUGUCAAGCGACUCAAACCCAUCAUCGUCACUCUCCCACACCCUCACUCUGCCUGUUCAGCCCAGCGAACCCGUCCACAUCGUCGCCGCCCCUGGAGUCUCUGAUUCCCAGUUCAGAAGUGCUAUUGAUUCGUCUCUGUUCAAGCAAUGGCUCAAGAACUUGCAAAGCGAAACCGGGAUUCUGGCUAGUGGUGCUGCGACGCUGAAGCGAGUUCUUAUCCAGGGCGUGGACAUGUUUGGAAGGCGCAUUGGCUUUCUCAAAUUCAAGGCAGAUAUUUUUGACAAGGAAACUGGGAAAGAGAUGCCAGGAAUAGUGUUCGCUCAGGGACCAGCUGUGGCCGUGCUAAUACUGUUGGAUUCGGAUGGGUUAACUUUUGCUGUUCUUACUGAGCAGGCUAGAGUUCCUCUGGGGAGGUUUGUUUUGGAAUUGCCUGCUGGAAUGUUGCGUGAUGACAAAGGCGAUUUUCUUGGCACAGCAGUUCGUGAGGUUGAAGAGGAGACAGGCAUACAGCUGAAUCUGGAAGACAUGGUUGACCUGACAGCUUUUCUCGAUCCAUCCACUGGUUGCAGGGUGAUUCUUUCUCCGGGAAGUUGCGAUGAGGAAAUAAGCAUCUUCCUAUACAGAGGGAAUGUGGACCCAGAGAUCAUCAAGCAGCUGCAAGGCAAGGAAACUGGUCUUCGAGAGCAGGGCGAGUUCAUUAAGGUUCGUGCCAUACCUUAUGAGAGCCUGUGGCGCGCAACGGGUGAUGCGAAGGUUCUAACGGCGAUCGGGCUCUAUGAAAUGGCCAAUCUAGAAGGUCUCCUCCCUGUGAAAAGUAAACCUGCUUCUUUGGCAAGAGGGUGAGGCUCUCUCUUAUUCCAUGAAAGACCUUUUGAGCUGUAUUGACUCCCACCUUGCCAGUCCGAGAGUGGUACAAAGUUCUUUGUCAAUACUCUGUCCCGCCCAACCAUUUUUCCAGUGAUCCUGAUGUGUUCAAACAGUCAUUAUUCAAAUCUUCACUGUUUUUU